CAAGCAAGUAAUUAGUUGCAUCCCUCAAUAUAUGCUUAUGAGCUUCACAACCAUGGAGAUACCACACAUUCAUUCAUCUCUCUCCCUCUCUCUCUCUCUCACACGCGCACACAAUUCUUGCAUUAACGAGUAAAAAGAAAUGGAGAGAAAACCUUUGCCAUUGAAAAUUCAGCCUCCGGCUUACGGAAAUCUCGUCACGAUCCUUAGUCUUGAUGGCGGAGGAGUCCGAGGGAUCAUUCCAGGGGUCAUUCUCGGUUACCUUGAAGCCCAACUUCAGGAGCUGGAUGGUGAAGAUGCGAGGCUUGCAGAUUAUUUCGAUGUAAUAGCAGGAACAAGCACAGGAGGUCUCAUCACGGCCAUGUUGUCAGCACCUGAUGCUAACAAACGCCCUCUCUUCGCUGCGAAAGACAUAGUCCCAUUUUACUUAGAGAAUUGUCCUAAAAUCUUCCCUCAAGGAUGUGGGUGUCUGGGUUCGGUCGUGAGCACGCUGAGAUCUCUGACGGGACCCAAGUACAAUGGAGUGUAUCUUCACAAAUUGAUAAGGAAGUUACUUGGAACAAUGAGGCUGCACGAUAGCCUUACCGGCUUGGUUAUCCCGACCUUCGAUAUCAAAAAGCUUCAGCCAGUUUUAUUUUCUUCAUAUGAGGUGGCAAAACAUUCAUUCUUGGACGCUCAACUAUCGGACAUAUGCAUUGGCACAUCGGCUGCUCCGACUUACUUCCCCGCCCAUUAUUUCAAGACGGAAGAUAAAGAUGGACAAGCCCAUGAAUUCAACCUCAUCGAUGGUGGUAUGGUCGCCAACAACCCGACAUUGGUCGCCAUCAGUGAAGUGACCAGGCAGAUCUUGAAUGAAGACCCACACUUCUCCGACAUCAAAUCGCCCGUCGACUACACUCGAUUCUUGGUGAUUUCGCUCGGGACAGGCUCGGACACGUCUGAGAUCAAGUUCAACGCCAAGAAGGCCUCAAAGUGGGGGUUGUUCUGCUGGUUGUACCAGGACGGCACGAGCCCUUUGAUAGACGUCUACUCUCAAGGGAGUUCCGAUAUCGUCGAUUACCACAAUUCCGUGGUCUUCAAGGCCUACCAGUCCGAGAACAAUUACCUCCGUAUCAACGAUGACACCCUAGAGGGGACUUUAUCUUCGGUGGACACAUCCACGAAGGAGAACUUGGAAGGUCUGGUGAAAGUUGGUGAGCACUUGUUGAAGAAGCCGGUCUCGCGAGUUAAUGUUGAGACCGGCCGCUACGAACCCAUUCUGAAUGCUGGCACCAACGAGGAAGCCCUCAAAAGGUUCGCUACGCUUCUAUCCGACGAGAAGAAACUCCGCGAGUCGAGAUCUCCGCAUGACAAGCGUGGGGAAUAGUUCGCUCAACCAUACUCAUGCCCUAUUAACUUGUGAAAUGAUGAUAUAAAUCAUCUGUUGUUGAAUUAGAAUAACCAUUAGCCCUAUGUGCUUGCGAAAAAAGGGGCUACAGUCUACAUUGUUUGUGUGUGGAUAGCUAGAGUUCAAACUCCUUAUGAUGCACCUAGUUAGGCAUUUACAUGAUGGGCUAGGCCGGAGGAAAUUCCCCCCAAUCACCCUCUUGAUCGAUCACGUUCGAAUUUAACCCACCAAUCAAAUGGAUGAAUUCGAGGAAAUUUCCUUCAACCGGGUUACUGGGGUUUGAAAACAUUACCCUUACAGGAUAUAUAUAUAUAUAUCUCUAGAAAAUAGCAAGUUACGAACCUCUAUUAACUUAAAUUGUUAGCUUGUAAUGAGAAAAUACUCAUCGUUUUUUAGUGAUC